AAUUAGUAACCGAUAAAGUAGAUGGUAAUUAAAUUCACGUCAUAUCCAUGAACGAAUGUCAAAAUUUUGUCUUGUAAGUAAAUUCGUUGGAGUUCGAUUCUUCUUUUGUUCUUACUUCUUACACUUACACAAUCAAAUAUUUUUCUUACAUUUUUUUUUACUUAACAUUAACCUAUAUUUCUCAUAUCUUCGAUUGUUUUUCCUAAACAAAAUUAACGUUUAUUGUUUUGAAAAAUACACAUUUAACAAAUAUAUAACAACAUAUAUUUAUAUUUAUGAAAAAGAGAUGCAUACGUAUAUGAGGUGGCAAACAAAGCCACUAAAUUCAGUAAAAUGGAACCCACGAAAUUUAUCUAUAAAUAAGUCCCCAAACCUCUCCCCCAAAAAUGCAACAACACUCAUCUUUCUUUCCCAAUAUAAGUUUUUAUUACCUAACAGCAACUUUUGUUUCUCAAAACAUAAUUUUGUCUUAUUUCCUAAAUUGGUAAAAGAUGUCGCUAGCUAUCGCAGAAGUUUACACGGUGAGGAAGUUUCACGGAGAGAGUAUGAAGAAACCGGCCAAACCGACGGUUACCGGCGAGGGAGAUGAAAAGAAUGGCGGAGGAAGUUUCAAGGAGGCGCCGGUGAAAUCUGGUGGUAGUAGAAGAUUCGGACGGUGGUUUGUUGGAAAGCCGGGAAUGAAGAAAAGCUCUGCUAAAGUUUCGGAUCCCAUGGCGAUUGAGUGAUAAAGAAGAAACAAAAACUAUUCUCUUCUUUGCUUUUUUUCUUUCUUUCUUUAUUUUGUUUUUUUUUUCAUUGGUCUUUUUUAUGGCUUUUUCUAGUGUCUUCUCUUUUUCUUUAUUGGAUGAUUUUAUAAAUAGUGGGUAACCGUUGUAGAAUAUGAACUUCAAAAUAUUUGAGAAAUCUAUAUAUGUAUGUAGAGUGGAUGUAUAUAUAAAUUCCCUAAAUACCACA